CUCCAGCCAAGCAAAGCAAGCAAUUACAAUUUACGAAUCCCUAAAUUUAACUGUCGUCUUCACCGCGUUUUCUCUCUCCUUUUCAACCUUGUCCUACUUUUCCCUUCUGGUCAUCUUCUCUUACUUACUCUUUCUCUCUCUUACUUGACGCCGUCACUCCAGUUUUCUCUCUCUUCUUCUUCCGCAGAAUUUGUUUAAUGUGCAACGUUUUUUUCUUCUUUUUUUUUUUUUUUUUAAAAAAAAUUUUGUUUGCUCUUGUUGAGAAUAUACUUGCAGAUUGAACUGUAAGUUGUUACUUGUGUUAGUGUUGAUUGAUUUCGGAUAGUCACUGUUUUGAUAAAUUUUCUAUUAAAUUGAUUGCUGUUUUCGCUUUUUUGAGGUGGUAUUUAUGAUUUUUAUUGUUAGGGGUAGUUGAAUUUGAAUUUGAGUUGAUGGGAAGGGAGGGAGCUGGAUUGAAGUGUUGAUCUAGGAUUUUAUUAGGGUUUUUUUUGAAUUGUUUGAUUUGUUUGAGUUGGUAUUAAGUUAGGGUUUUGGAUUGGGCGAGCUUGUGAUUUUGUUGAAUUAUAGGUGGUGGAUUGUUGGUAAAUGUAUCUAUACUAUUGUUUCAAUGCAUCACUUGCCUAGGAUUUUUACAAAUAAGAAGUCGGGUAAAAUAAUGGAUCAUAGUUCGUCACCAAAGCCGAAACUUGUCAGAAGAAACGCUGUUAAGAACUUCGAAUAUAAUCCUUCGAAUUCAACAUAUUUGGGGCCUGAUGUUGUAAGGACUAGUUUUCGGAUUGAGGGGAAUGAUGAUGAUGAAAUGAAUUUGAUUUUUCAAAGUUUAGGGCUUAAUGGACCCGAGGAUUUUCAAAUUCCGAUUGCGGCUUAUGAGGUUAUGAAGAGUAAGGCAUCUUCUGAUGUUACUUCUAAUUCGAAUAAGGGGAUUGCUGUUGUUGAGCCUGAAUCAGUUCGAAAAGAUGAAAAGGUUCACAAGUUCGUUGAGCCUUUGCCACAUAGGUUUGGUAAUAGUGUUCAGAAGAACGAAGCUGCUGUGAUUGAUUGUGGUGUUGGUAAUGUGGUUAAGCCGUAUGGGGUAUCCAUCUUUCCACCUUUGCUUGAUGGUGGUGUGAAACCAUUUGGUAGAGGCGUAGGAAUUAAAGGUGAUCGCCCUCCGUUGUUAACCCCUCCACCAGCAAUGUCCCUUCCUGUGCUUGAUAGUGGGUGUUCGUCAUGGGCCUUAGUGAAAGGGUUUGCUCCUGAUUCUAAUGAGGCUGAAUUAUAUCCAUAUGCGCACAUGUCUCAUUCGUCUGAUGAUGAGGAAGAAGUCAGUAGAGAAAUAGGUCAUGGGGUAAGGAUUGGGGAGACCGUUAUUAUGUCUGGAUCUUGUUCUUUCACAACUACAAACGAUGAUGAUGAUUCUUCCAGCACGACUACGGAACCUGUGUCAAUUAUUUCACCAAAUGGAGUGUCCAAAGUUAAUAUAAGCCAGUGGGAAAAAGGUGACCAAUUGGGAAAGGGCUCAUUUGGAACUGUGUAUGAAGGAAUCUCUGGCGAGGGAUUCUUUUUUGCUGUGAAAGAAGUGUCGCUUAUUGAGCAAGGAAGUCAAGCAAGACAGAGUAUCUACCAACUUGAGCAGGAAAUAGAGCUCUUAAGUCAAUUUGAGCAUGAAAAUAUAGUUCGAUAUCUUGGCACUGAUAAGGCCGACUCAAAACUAUAUAUCUUUUUAGAGCUUGUGACUCAGGGUUCCCUUGCAAAGCUCUAUCAACGAUAUACUCUUCGUGAUUCUCACGUCUCUGCUUACACAAGACAGAUUCUACUGGGUUUGAAAUAUCUUCAUGAUAGAAAUGUGGUGCAUAGGGAUAUUAAAUGUAACAACAUAUUGGUGGCCUCAAAUGGAACAGUGAAGCUUGCAGAUUUUGGAUUGGCGAAGGCAACCAGAUUGAAUGACUUAACAUCUUGCAAAGGGACUGCAUUCUGGAUGGCUCCUGAGGUGGUUCAUAACAAGAAUAAAGGUUAUGGAUUGGCAGCAGAUAUAUGGAGCCUUGGAUGCACUGUUUUGGAGAUGUUAACUGGAAAAGUCCCCUAUGCUCCACUGGAAUUUAUGCAAGCACUUUUUAGGAUUGGGAAGGGUGAGCCACCAGUCAUUCCUGAACAUUUGUCUAAUGAACCUCGUGAUUUCAUACGACAAUGCCUAAGAGGGAAUCCACAAGAUCGUCCAACAGCCGCUGAGCUCUUGGAACACCCAUUUAUCAGGAGAUCGCUUUAUACUUCAUCAGGCUCAGAAUCUCCUAUGAUACGUGGAAGAUCACUUUGAGACUUUUUUCAGUGCUCUAUGAAGAUAUAUUUGGUUAUAGUGUGACACCUGAAGAUGCUCAUCUGGAGUAUAACUUCUUUACUAGAGUAUCAGAUACUUUGAUGACAUAUUUGAGUCAUUUGCAAGAUCAACCAUCUGGAAAGUAGUAAAUUAGAAAAAAGCAACAAUAACAAAGGAGUUUUUCAGGAAUCAUCUUCUGGAUGAACAAUGAAAUGGUCCCAGUCUCUGAUGCCGGCCAGCUAGUUAGCAUGCUUUGAUUCCAACUCCUAACUUUGAGGGAUACCAAAAUAGCAGAUGGCAAGCUGUAAUAUAAUAGUGUAGGUUUAUUGUUGUUAUUCUGUCUUGUGUGUGUAUUUGUUAUCUGAAAAUCAGUUAGCAUAUGAUAUUGGAAUCUUGGUUUACUAACUAGUUAGGAAGAUGGAUUAGCCUACUGUAUAUAAUUGUAAUUUUUGUCAGAAUUUCUUGGCACUCAUUCAUUAUUCAGAUCUAUCUUGUGAAUUCAUGAUUAUCAUUUGUCAUUUAGCAGAUCUUUUAUAAGACGGUGAAAUUAUUCCAAUUUUUUAUGGCAAAACACUUUUAUUUUUGGUUA